AUGUGGGCUUCUGAUCUAUUUAUACGACUUAGAGCGCCACAACUAGUGACCGCUGGCGACGGCUGCAGCCGGGACCACGUUAGAUGGGGGAAGAAUCUAUGCAGCAUUCUUCACUACCUCAUCGAUUCGCCUCUCCUGACCUAUCGUCCAAGAGACGCCGUCUUGAAUGAUGUGUAG